AUGAGCUCUCUCUCUCUACCGGCCUCUUCGCCUCCCGGAGAGCUGCAGAGUGGCGCGGAGGUUCCGCCCGCAAAUGCGCUUGCGUCGCGAGAACAGUCGUCUUCCGCCUCAAGGGCCGCGCGAGGGGAAGACACGCCGAGUUUGCUCGAGUCGCGGAAAGGCCGGAAAGACGGUCGGGCGGCGCCGCACAGGCUCCAGAGGGAAGUAGUCGUUUGGGACGGACCUGAGGCACGGAGGUACGAAGCCGAAGUUCUGGCUGUCUUGCACAGCUUCGACAAGGCCAAAGAGUGGGCAGACUUGAACAACUGUCUCCAGAAACUCUUGCGUGUUUUCUCCCCGCCAACUGUCUCCUCGUUUGCGUUCUCCGCCGCUCCACCUGCUCCGUUCUUUCCCUUCAUUCCGCACAAGGCAGUCGUCGCCAAGCGCCUCGCGCAGUGCCUCAAUCCGCUCCUGCCUUCCGGUGUACAUACGCGGGCUCUGGAGACAUAUGCGGCCAUCUUCGAACGCAUCGGGCCUGACGGCUUGUCGCGAGACCUCGCCAUCUACAGCGCUGGCCUUUUGCCUUUUUUUCAAGAUGGAGCGACGCACGUCAAGCCGUUCUUCCUCGACCUUAUCAAUGCGUACUACUUGCCUCUCGGCAGGCAGCUGAUUCCUUGUCUCUCGGGUUUGCUGGUGUCGAUGCUGCCCGGACUCGACGACGACAAAGCCCCGGCCUUCGCGUACGUUUCCUCUACCAUUUGGAGACUUAGAGACUGCGUCGGAGAACGCACCUUCGUCGCCGCUCUCUGGCUAGCCCUGCGCAGAGCCAGUCGCGUGCGCCUCGCAGCGCUCGGCGUCUUUGUCCAGCUCAUGACGCCGUCCCUACCCGCUCUCCUGGAUGACAAGGAAAAGAUUGCGACGCUGUUGCCCGACCGCGAAGAACUCGUUGUCGGCGCCUUGGAGGCAACGUUUGGCGACCAGAGCCCUCUCGUCAAACGCCAGCUGCUCGAUGUCCUCAUCACCAACUUCCCCUUUGAUCAGCCGCUGCUCACUCGAAAGGAAACGGUCCGCCUUCUCCGCGCGGCUCUCCGGGUUCUACCCCUGCGCGAAUGGUCCCUGACGCGGCGCUUCAUUCAGUGGAUUACUCGCCACCCCGACGGCAUCCUUGAUGUUGUCGACCUCUCGUUUCUCUCGGAACAUGUAAAGGGACCUUUGAUUGAAACCGUGAAGCUGGAGUUGGAGAGUCACCCCGUGACAGCGGAAGAAGCGACGUAUCCUCUAAAGAGUUUGUCGAUUCUUAUCGUCGACAAUGAGGACCUUGAAGGCCUCGCUCAGGAGUUGAUGCCUUCCCUCACCGUCCCCCUUCUUCGCUAUUUACUGAGAGAAUCAACAAAUCCGACCUGGGGAUCUCGCGUGGUUCAAGAAGCGCAGCAGCUUUUCCACUCCAAACUAACACAGCCUGACUGGGUCUGGGGAGCCUUGGGCGUUGAAAUGCAACGCAUGCUCUCCUCAAUCCCUCCCUUGUCUCGUUCCUCUCCAUCUCCACCUUCCUCCUCUUCCUCCCCAUCUCCACCUUCCUCCUCUUCCUCUUCUCUCUCUCGGGAAGAGGCGGCCGAGGGGUGCGUUGAGGUCCUCUUGCUCGCCUCUCUGUACCUGAGCCGAGCGGAAGGAUCGACGCUGUUGCCGGAGACCGCCUUUCGGCCAGGACGGGGCCAGGGGGGACCGGAAGAGGAGGAGCGAGAACGAGAGAGCGAACGAGAGAGACUUGAGAGAGAGAGGGACCGGGGGGACAAGCGAAGCUGGGGCGGUCUACACGCGGGCGAGAGAGAGGGAGAGAAAGGGGGGAUUAGGGGCCGCGACGACGAGCGAGUGCGGAGCGAAGGAGAAGAAGAAAAUGAAGAACUCGGAGCGGCAAAGGGCCCCCGGACCUUGGUGGGAAUCGACGGCCUGUGUGGCAUGUUGUCGCUUCUUAGCGACAUUUUCGAGGGGUUCCACGUGCUCGCACCGACGUUCGACUCGACGCCGGUCAUCGAUAGUCUCCUCCAGACUUCGCGGGACUGUCUCCUUCGCGUCGAAGAAGCUCUCCACUUCCACAGUCAACUGCGCCGCCACGAAGACACUUCCGAUGGGCUUCUUUCGCCUCCCUCUGCGUGCUCGGAUGCCGGCGAGGACAGCACUGAACGCGGGCCCUCCGGUCCCCGCCCCAGCUCCAGUGUUGCAGCUCUCGUCAGUCCACGACUUCCUCUUCCUUCUUCAGCUCUUGCUGAAGGUCAGGAGAGGAAGCGAGAAGAGCGAGGCGACGGCGAGACCGGCCUCGUGCCUCCUUCGCCUGCGGCAUCGCCUCCUCCCUCUCCUUCUUCGGCACUCAGCAAAGACAAUUUGGCCACGAAGAGGACUCCGCUGGCCCUUCCGCGCAAUACGAAUCUCGACCGAAAGAGAAAGAGAUUUCUUUGUGCUGUCGACGGCUUUUUUUCGUACACGGAGGCGCUGUGGUUGGGAGUUCGGGCGAACGCUGACAGCGUUGAGGCCAGGGUGCUUGCAACGCUUGAUCUCCUCAGUGAAAUGCAGGUCAUCCUCUAUCGCUUGCAGAUCGACCUUCUCGAGGGCGAGCGCGAGGCUGUGGCGGACGGGAGGGACGGAGGCCGAACAGAAGGCGGCGCACACAGGCAAGAAGAGGACGAACGCAAAGAAGACUCCUCCCCGUGGCCUGGCGGAUGUCUGCCGACGUGGUUUUGCGCCCUCCUCGACUGCGGCCAAGUUCAACAGCUGCCCGUUGCUUGUCGAGCGCUCCAGGCGUUCCUCAAUCUCUUCAAUUCCUUUUCGCCCGAAAGGCGAAGAUUCAUCAUCCUCGGAACAGCGCACUGUGACCAAGCGGCAGUCAGACUCUGGGAGGCCUUAGCUCUCACCGACAACGAUGGGCGGCCGCGAGUCGUGGGUGCGCCGAGCGCCGUCGCCGAUCUUCUGCUGCAACUCGAAGCGAGUUGCCGCCUCGAGAAGGAGGACGUCGUUCAGGCAAUCAUUCUUCGCGCGCUCGAGUCGCCGGAUCCGCGGCGAAGACUCGAAGCCAUCGAGAGGUUUUCCCUGCUCUGGAGAUGCGCGCAGCUGCAGAAACGCGAAAUUCAGAGACCGCUCUACUCGCUGCCCAUGUUGGUGGUGUUGCGAGCGCUGGAGGAGACGGAACCUAGAAUCCGGCACGCCGCUCGCGCGUUCGUUCGCCAAGCAGUCGGUCACUUGCCACAUCUCCUGGACCCGAUUUUCGAGCUGUUGCUCUUUGUCGACGCGCCUUCUUCGCACUUUGCCGCUUCGUCCAGUUCAGCUGCAGAGGCGAGCGAAUCGCCUCGACGCUCUCUCGCGCGAGAGCUCCCGCCGUCCUCUCUGCCGCUCGCGUCUCUCGCCUUCGCGGCGCGACCGACGCACAACGUGGUGCUGCCUUUUCUCGCUCCCGGGCACGCGUCUUGUUCACCCUCUGCAUGCACGCAAGCGCUUGCUUCUCUUCCUCUCGGGGGUUCCCCUCUGCCUGCAGGCUUUUUGAACCCUUCACUGCCUUCGUGCGCUGCAGCCGAGCGGAUCCUCGAGGCUGUGCGCCUGCUGAACAACCUGCUCCGGUGCGAAGGCCAGCUGCUGACGGAGAGCAUGCAGCGUUUCCUGGUUUCAGAGACACUGCUCGUCCGCAAUUUCGUUCACAGCCAGUCGCUGGUCGACUGUCUGCGGAGGAAGGACAGAGUCGAGGGCGGAGGGAAGAGCGAGCAAAACCGAGCUCGCGAGCGAGAGACAGACGAGAACUCCGCCUUGCAGGAGACCGAUGAAGGUGGUGUCGCCGGCAGGAAGAGCGGCUCGCCUCCUCUCCUUGGCUCCUACGAGGAGCUUGCUGCCGUCGACUACAUUGAUCUCUUUUGCAUUGUCAUUCUCCGCUUCAUUCGACUGGAUCACCCUCCAAACUGCGUCCACUCCCAGAGUCUUCCUGCUCCGCACUCUUCCUCUGCCGCAGUCCCCGCACACCUUUCUCCGAGCAUCUCGUCUUCUGAAGAGGCAAACGACCUUCAAAGCGACAUCCCUCAGCCCGCUCCUCCUUCUCCUUCUCUUUCUUCUUCUCUUUCUUCUUCCCCGUCUUUUUCCUCGCCCCUUUCCUACUCGUGUUCCGCGUUUGCCUCCUCUUCUCUUUCUUCCUCUGCGCCCGCUCCCGUCUUGUCUUCUUCCGCGUCUUUCGCGGCCGUCCGAGGUUCCUCCGCAGAAGUUCUGCAUCUCUUCAUCGCUUCCAUACACCCCGUCAGCCGCGCAAAAGAGGUUUCUUGUCUCGUCGCGGAGCCCCUGAUCGCUGCGCUCGACGCCGCAGUCGACCAGGCUGAUCACGCGAUGCAAGGCCUCGAAGGCGCGAACACUCCUUUUCCUCUCUUUGGCGUCGCUGUCGAAACAAAAAAGUGCAAAUUGCCGCACCUCCGUUCGCUUCCCGACCAAGCCGCCGCGUUUUUGCCCGUGCUCCUGCGCAGCAUGGAUCUUUGCGAGGCGAGAGCGCUCCAGGUGUCCCCGGACGUCUCCGCCGGGGCUCGUCAUCUCGCAGAACGGAGAACGCGAGACCGCGUCGCGGUUUCCAGCGAGAAGCGACAUUCCGUCGAAGCCUCCUUUCUCUCGUCGUGCAAAGGAGACAACAACGUCGAGCAAGCAGUCGACUUGGCGACGUUGUAUCUCAAGUACCUUGACGCCCACAAAGCCUCGGAGGCGUCCUACACCCUCAUUCACUUCUUCUGCUCCCAAGUGAUGUUCGCCAUUCGCCCGCCCCCGCCUCACUCGCGGCCUUCUUCGUUCUCGGCUCUGUCUUCGCUUCGCCGCUCGACGGGUUUCCCUGGCGCUCAGACCGCGUUUCCGUCCCUCACCCUCGCCCACCCAGUGCAGACUGUCCGAGCACGAUCUGCAUGCGCGCGACAUGCGAGAGAAGACGACGCGCCUUCGGCCUCCUCGUCGCGCCUCGCCUUCUCGGCUGCUCUGCCUUUCAUCAACGGCCUCGCCCAAGUUCUCCAGUUCCUCGUGGACACAGCGAACGCCGCCGCGCUCGAUGCCGGCGGAGACGGCGACGCGCAAAGUUCCGGAGGGGCGCUGUUGCCUUUUUUUGAUUUGUUUGCGUGGGGUUCGUCGGCGGUUUCUGGAGACAGCGCGUCUCGGCAAGUGGAAGCGAAGCUGGCGCACGUGACGUUGCUACUCCCGACGAUCGUCGUGGCUUCAGUCGUCGCGGUGUCGGCAACGCUUCCACGGUCCCCCCACGCGUCCUGGAGAGACCGGAGCAGGAUGAGGGCGCGAGAGAUCUUGGCCGACGAGGGAAAGCGCGAAAGCGAGAGACAAAGACGCGAAAACGAGAGGAAAGGACGCGGCGAGGGACGCGUCGAGAGACGCGACUCAAAGGCACAGGCCGUGGAUCUCGACGCCCGACGAAACGAAGAGGCUGUGCGAAUGCGCGUCACAGCCAUCGUAGACACCCUAUUCAAAGCGUUUCCGCGGCAUUUCGUCCAGAGUUGCCUGGUCGUGUGGGCUUUGGGCCUUAACGAGGAGGGGGACAAGCUGACAGCUCUCCUCUUCAUUCUCAAGCAAUGCUCUACCACGUUUCUCACCGCGUUGCUUCCUCCUCUGACAACUGUCUUCAAGGAGUGGCUGCGCGGCGCUUCUCCUGGCGCCUCGUCGACGCUCCCCUCCGUCCACGCGCUGGCGUCUCCUGUCUCCUCUUCGGGGACGCCUUCCGCGUCGGCAUCUUCGGGGGACAGAGCGGAGGCGCCCAGCGGUCCUCGGCUGCUGUACGUGUCGCCUGCCUUCUCGUCCUCGUCGUUCGCGUCUUCCUUCGCCUCUUCCUUCCUCGCCCCGCCCUUCGCGAACGUGCGUUUGAUUCGGCAGCGCGAGGCCAUCUUCCUCCACUUCCUCUACACGCUCGUAGUCGCCAGGCACCCGCCGCCGUAUCUCCAGCGGUGUAUCACCACGAUCCCGUCCUUCUCCACAGGCGAAGCAAAGACCAGUCUGGUGUCGACGCCCGACGCCUUCGCGGCUGCGAAGCUCCUCGGCCUGAAGACCCACUCGGGGGUGAACUCGGCUGUACAUACACCCCGGAAGCGCCGCUCGCUCGGCCCCGCGCAGGCGGGCGCUGGACCCCUGGCCGCGUCUGCCGGGCGGGGCGACGAGAGUUGCGGCGUCUCAGUCCCGGUCGCGCCUUCGACCUUUGCGAGUGGCAUCGCGAGCAACGCCGCGUCUCUGCCUCUCUUCGACUCGAGGCUCGACUUUCCUUCGCCGCCUCAGGACGACGCAGAAGUCGCCUGGCAGCAACUCCUCCAGCUGGUCUCGGUCUUCGUCGCGCACCCGCGACAGCCGGUCUCAGUUCUGUGGCUUGUCUCGCUUCUGCUGGCUUUCGACCGCGUGAAGGCGGCGAAGGAAGCGACGAUUGCGUCGAAGAAAACGAGGAAAGAGCUGCAGGAACUCUUUCGAAUGUGCGUCUUCGUCGCGGUACGCCAGUUCGGUUCCCGCGUGGCUUCGGCGGCGAGUGGAAGCGCAUUCGACGUUCUCGCCCCGCUCCCGCCGCAAGCCGAUCUCGUGAACCAGGCGAUUUCCCUCACAACGUCUCUUUCUGUGUCGUCUUCGCGGUUCUCGGCGACAGGCAGUUGCAGCGAACGCGCAGAGAAAGAAGGCGACGACUGGGAAGUGGACCGCCUCAAGCGCGAGCAAAGGAAGAGCCUACGCGCCCGGCCCUCGCUCGCCUCCCCACCCUGCCUCAUGACCAUCAACAAAGUUCUCAUUGAGAAACAACUCGUCUCCGCCCUCGUCCCCACAGACGCAGUCGAAAUCGCCGCGCACUACGCUCUCGCCGUCAUCGUUAUGUUCUGCGUAGAGAUCGGCGAGAUCAAUCGGAGAAGUCCUCUGACCGCUCUUUUUCUCCAAGUCCUGUGCGACGACUUCCCCGCCUACGUCCUUCCAGCACUCCACAACCAAUCGCCUCAAGCCUUCUCGUACCGGUACCUGAUUCUGUGCGUCCUGCGCUACUUCCCCACACGGCUCUUUCCGUCGGGGAUUUCGAUGAUGAAGAAGGCGCUUCUGGAGAACCUGCCGCUCGCCUCGUUCUUCGCGAUGGACAGACGUACCUUGAGGGGCUGGGCGAAAAUCGGCGCAAGAGUGAUGAUGAGCGGCGAGCCCCAGAAGAUCGACAUGCUUCUUCCGGCGCCACACGCAGGCGUGUUUUCCUCGAAGGAGAACGACGUGUCCCAGCGCAUGCGGUAUCUUCGGCGUCUCGCGUUUCUUCUUCUCUGCAGCGGCAAAGACAUCUUUCAGCCGCAGUUGCCGUUCAUUCUCGAGAAGCUGACUGAGGCUCUGAAACUCAACGCCAGCAACCAGGCUCCGUGCCUCACCGAGCAGGUUUUCCUCUGCGUCCGAGUGCUUCUUCUCCGCCUCUCGUCUUCGGCGCUGACUCCGGUGUGGCCGAUUCUCUUGACCGAACUUAUCAAAGUGUUCUCUUCCGCGACAUCGGCCUCGGUCGUUCUGUCUCCGCCGUCUUCCGCCUCCUCGCCGUUCCCGUCUGCACUGCCUGCGUUCCCGUCCUCGGCGCUGAUGCCCCACGCGGCGCAAGUUCCGCCCUCGGCCCACACGUGCUCGGGCGCGAACCCUUCGCUGUCUCUGCUUCUCGCGGCUCUCAAGGUCGUCGACGUCGCUGCGCUGCUGGAUCUGCCAGAGUUUCACCUGUAUCAGUGGAUGUUUGUCGAAGAGACGCUCGUCUUCAAUUCCGCAGGAUCGCCGCGGAAAGACGCGGGGCAGGCGGGGAUCCGUGCGGUGGGAGACAGCGAGGAACCGCUUGAGAGCGCCGCUGCGCAGUCAGCCCCUGUCUCUUCUUCGCGGGAAGAGGGACACACGGGGACCGACGGCAUCGUGACAAAGAGAGAGACAGACGCAGAGAGAGACGAAGCGGAAAGAGAGAGACGGGGCGAGGACGGAGGCGCCAACGAAGAGGGGGUCCGAGCGCGAGGCGACGACGCCAGGGGAGACCAGGCGCAGGCUGGCGGUCACGUGGGAGGCGAAGAGAGAGGAGAGACGCAAACUUCGGCUGGUGAAUCGGAAGAGAGGGAGACGCGCGGCGGAUCUGCGACCUCGCAGCCGGAGACGGACCAGGCGAUAGGGCACCUGCCUGAGCAGUUUGCGCCCGCAGGAAAGGACAAGGACGACACAGAGAGUGACGCGGAGCCCAUGAUGUUCAUCCCCUUCAGCGUCCUCUUGGCACAGUGGGACGACGACGGAUCCGCGGAUUCGGAGGUCUCUCAGGCGUCUUCCUCGGCUUCGCGCCCGAGGCGGGCAACGCACCGAGAAGAGACGCAGCGAGGUGGAGCGGGCGCGCAGCCGGCCGGAAGCAGAGACCGCGGCGCUCGCGGAGGAUCUGGAGACCCGCGCGCGCAGAGACAGAAGGCAGAGGCAGGCGGGCGAGAGCCUCAGCGCUCGGAGACAGAAGAGCGAGGCGACGAGGCGAGGCAGCGCGGCGCGCGGAGGGAGCGUUGCAUGCUCCAGGAGACCGACGGUGAACCGGUCACGGGAGGACCUCUCGUGACUCUGCGGCGCGUGGAGACUCCGCAGGAGCUUGCGCAGGCCGCCCGAGCAGUCAACGCGGCGUCUGUGGCGGGGGUGUUGCGUCGCACCAAGCUAGACGAAGGCCUGGUCGACCGAUCCAUCGAAAACGAUCUUCUAGAAGUCUCGGACGGCAUGCUCGACCUCUGGGCGGAUCUCGACUGCCCGAAACUUCUCGAUCAUCUGUGGAGCCUCUACACGUGCGGGUUUGAUAUCCUUCUGCCUUCUCAGGCGCCGCAUGCGGGCGCGGCCGCUGGCGGGGCGGUUUGA